AAAAAAUCCAUAACCAAGUCAACAAGAAGAGGAUCCGAGAUACACGAUUACUACAAACGAGGACGGAGCAACGGUGUUUUCGUGUAUGAUGUGCCAGAAAGUGUUUAAGAAAAAGGAUUUUGUCAAGCAGCAUUACAAUGAGGUGCAUUUGAAGAAACGUCGACACUUGCGGAGCUGCCACCUCUGUGAUGUCUUGGUGCCGGGUCACAAGCGGCCGGCGCACAUGGAGGAAGCCCACGGAGUGCCCAUGCCGAAGUGCAACGCCUGCGACAGAAAGUUCGUAAACCAAUCCCAAUUGUUGCAUCAUCAGAGAACAUUUCACAUGGGAGAACGAAACUACGAAUGUGACGUCUGCCAUAAGAAAUUUGGCGAUAACAAACAUUUAAAAAGGCAUGCGAUCCUUCAUCGCCCCGAACGACCUUUUGAGUGUAAUGUUUGCGAUAAGAGUUUUAAAACGGCAAAAUAUUUGGACACACAUAUGAGGAUACAUUUGAAUGACCGAAGAUGCGUGUGCAAGUUGUGCGGGGAGAGCUUCGUACAGUGGUCCAGUUUGAAGUAUCACUUGACGAAGAGACAUCCCGAGGAACCAUAAUAAAUUCACUUAGGUUACAUAUUGCAUGAACUUAUAAUUUUUGUCAGUUUACGAAGAACUCAGUAAUGAUAUGAUUAUAUCCA